UCGCACUCCCUCCAGCUCGACGAGAGCGUUCAUCGCAGUUCGGUAUAUAAGAACCUCGGUCCCUUUCUCGCAAACCCUCUCCAAAACCCUAGCGCUCAUAGUUGGGGCCGAGACUCCGCCUCUUCCUCGCCUUUACUCUUGGCCCUAAACUCAGUAACUUGAAGUAUCAGAAAUGGGCAAGUCAAACAAGAAAACUAAUAUUCAGGUCGCGCCAGCUGUUUCAGCAGUAUCAGGACAAUCUGGUACAAAAGGCAAGAGGGAUGCUGGAAAGGUAUUAGAUUCAGUGGUAGCCAAGAAGCAAAAGACAGAAACUGAGAUGGUUGUCCAGAAGGAGGAUAUCAAGAAGCUUAAGAAGGCUCAGCAGGAGGUCCCAUCUAAAAGAAAACCAGAAGCUAGUAAUUCGGAUUAUGAGAUUUCAUCCAACUCAGAAGAAGAGUUGCCAAUGCAGGUUAAAGUUCCUCCAAAGAAGCAAAGUAAGUCAGCAAAGGCUUCUACCAAGGAGUCUAGUAGCAGUGAGGAUUCUUCUUCGGAUGAUGAACUUGCUAAAACUGCCUCCACUCCAAUUAAAAAUAGUGCAGCUGCCAGUCGGAAUGGUUCUGUUGGUGCUGUAUCCAAACAAGGAGAAGAAAGUAGCAGUUCAGAAAGUGAUUCUGACGAGGAUAAAGGCUGCAUAAUUUUGCAGGAAGAUGCAUCUGGAGGAGUAAAGAAGCAAACAGCUGAUACUAAGCUGGAAAAGGAAGAUGAAUCAAGUCCAUCUGAAAGUGACACAGACGAGGGUGAUGCAUCUACAGGUAGCAGUAGCUCUGAAGAAUCAUCUGAGAAAUCUUCAGAUGUGGAAAGUGAAGAUGAGAAGCCAUUGAAGAUUUCAAAGAAGGAUAAGGAUGUAAUGGUGAAGGGUGCAACAGUUGAUAGCGCUCAGAAGCAAACUACUAAAAAGUCUGAAAAAACAGUGCCUAAAACCCCUUCCAUACAAAAUCAGACAUCUGGAUCUCGAACAUUAUUUGUUGGAAACUUGUCCUAUGAUGUUGGUCGGGAGGAUCUGUCAGAAUUUUUCAAUGCAGCAGGGGAAGUUGUUGCUGUCCGUUUGGCUACGCGACUUGAUGGUAGCUCCAAGGGAUUUUGCCAUAUUGAUUUUGCUACCGAGGAAGCUGUCAAAAAGGCUGUUGAAUUGAAUGGCCAGGAAUUUUUUGGACGUGCACUUAGACUUGAGGUUGCACAAGAAAGGGAUUCACAUACGCCUCUGAGUGGCAAUGGAAAAGACAGCAAAGGUCAGAACUAUACCAUAUUUGUAAAAGGUUUUGAUAAAUCAGUUGGACAGGAUCAGAUUAGGAAUUCCCUUCAAGAGCAUUUUGGAUCAUGUGGAGGCAUCACUCGUAUUUCUCUACCGAAGGACUAUGAAAGUGGUGCCCUUAAAGGGAUUGCAUACAUGGAUUUCAAGGACCAGGAUGCCUACAAUAAGGCAUUCGAGCUCAAUGGUACUGAACUUGGAGAAUACACCCUAACUGUCGAUGAAGCAAAGCCAAAAGGUGACAAUAGCAACAGAGGUUGGAACAGCGGUAGGGAUGGUGGUGGUAGAAGCGGUGGGAAAUUUGGAAGAAGUGGUGGACGUAGAGGGAGAGGUGACCGUGGUAGAGGACGCGGCUUCAGCGGUAGGGGCAGGGGUCGCAGUAGUGGAGGGAAGAAGACCACCUUUGGUGAUGAUUAGGCAUGUUGGGAUAUUUAAGGAUUCUAUGGUGGUUGAGCACAGCAGCUGUUAUUGCCAUGCUUUAUGAAUUGUAUCUUAAUUUUUUCAAUUUUGAUUGGUCAUCUCUUUCAGUCUAAUUUGUGAAUGAAAGGCACAUGAGGGAGAGUUUCUUUUGGUGUCUGUUUGUUUAAAUUUAACAUCGGGUAAUAGUUUUAUAUGGAACAGAUACUACCCUGCAUAUUUGGCUC